ACACAAUGAACAGUUCACAUUGUGUGAUAACGAUUAUCUAUGGGACCGGCUAUAUAUAGGCUGUGCCGAGUCUAGCGCCAGUAUCAGGCUGACUUAGUUGAUAAAUUAACCAAGAACAACAUGAAGUUUCUUCUUCUGUCAGCCCUUGUGGCAGUUGCACUGUCGCAGCCCCUGGAAGUUUCUGAACAGGACCUUGCCCAAUGGGAAAUGUUCAAGAUACAACACGAGAAGGAAUACGCGACUGAGCAGGAGGAAGAACAGAGGAAGUCGAUAUUUCUGAACAACCUCAAGUUUGUUGCUGAACACAACGCCAAAUUUGACAAAGGAGAAGUCACCUUUGAUGUUGAAAUCAACAAGUUUGCCGACUUGACAACUGAAGAGUUCGCGGCCGUGAUGAACGGUCUGGUGGUGCCCGAAGGAUACGAGAGGUCUGGAGAGGCUUUCGAAGACUCAGAGGACAUCGAGCUUGCCAAGAACGUUGACUGGAGGAAGAAGGGAGCCGUCACCGGAGUCAAGGACCAAGGACAGUGUGGAUCCUGCUGGGCUUUCAGUGCAACUGGAAGUCUUGAGGGCCAACACUACCUGAAGACUAAGAAGCUGGUGUCUCUCAGUGAACAGAACCUCGUGGACUGCUCAGAUGCCGAAGGAAACCAAGGAUGCAACGGCGGGCUCAUGGACCAGGCUUUCACUUACAUCCAGAAGAACAAAGGAAUUGACACAGAGGCAUCUUAUCCUUAUGAGGCUGAGGAUGACACAUGCCGCUACAAGGCCAAGAACAAGGGAGCCACCGACAAUGGAUAUGUCGACAUCACCUCAGGCAGCGAGAAGGCUCUGCAGAAGGCUGUAGCCAAGGUUGGACCGAUCUCAGUCGCCAUCGAUGCUAGCCACAACUCCUUCCAGCUGUACAAGAGCGGAGUGUACAAGGAGCCUGAUUGCUCUUCCUCUAGUCUUGACCACGGUGUUCUGGCUGUUGGCUACGGCACAGCCAAGAAGGGCGGCGCCUACUGGCUGGUGAAGAACUCCUGGGGAACUGGCUGGGGAAUGAACGGCUACAUCAUGAUGGCCAGGAACCACCACAACAUGUGCGGUAUCGCCACAAUGGCCAGCUAUCCCAAGGUUUAAAACUGCAUCCCACAUCUUGUUGAAAGACACACAUUAAGACACCAAUCAGUUAAAUAAAACUUUAAUAUUAGUUAAAAAUUGUACUAUGUUUAAUUAACAACCCUUUAUUAUGAUAAUUGAACUUCAGAAAAUAAAGUUUUUUUUAAGUGAG